AUGAGCGAUUCAUUUCAACCGAAUUCUUUUAGUCAGAUGACUCAGAAUGAAGCAAAAGAGGAAGGAGCGAAAAGAAGAGAAGAGGCUGCUCAACAACGAGAAAUUAUGAGAGAUCGCAUCAUUUAUCAGGCAUUAUCACAGGAUGCUCAGGCUCGCUUAGCUAAUUUAGCAGCUGUUAGGCCUGAACGUGCCAAAAAGAUUGAAGACAUUGUUAUUCAAAUGGCAAGGUAA